AUGAACCCAUCUGUUGUGGCUGCUCACAAGAGGAUUGGGCUUCUCCAAAAGCUCAACAAGUGGCAAGGGAAAGCCAUGGAAAAGAUGCAGAAGUCCAUGGACAAGAUGGUGAGAAAUAUCAAAAAUUUGGAGAAGAAGGUCUCUGGUUCUUCAUCUAAGAAGAAGAAGACACCCAUGGCUCCUACAUUCCCUAGGAGUAGAUCUCUCAUCACCACUCCAAGGAGGCUUCCUGCCCAAGAGCCUCACAGAGCCUCCUCAUUUGAACCAAGAGAAGAAGGAGACAACACACAGAGAAGGAGGAAGAGCUCUAAGGCCAGACGCUCCAACUCGACCACCGGACUCGAUCCAGUCCAAACAGAGGAAACUCAACUCGGUCGAGCUGAUGGUCGAGCAGACCUGGAUUUGAGUAUGACCCGACACUCUACCAAGACUACCCACAGAGAAACUGGAACCCUUACAGCUGGUUUUAGCAAGGGACUGUGUGAUUUAAGUUUGGGGGAGGGUUCAAGAGAUGAUUUAACCUUGUUUUCUUUGUUCUUAGUUUUUCAUUCUUUAUUUGCAUAG